AGAAUGAGCAACGUUAGUGAGCAAGUUUCGAAGGCUGCGGAAAGCGCACGCGAGACUGUUGCCAAAGUUGGAGAAUCUGUGUCCGAUUUCUUCCAGGGAAACCCAUUCGCAACUCCAGUUGGAAGAAAAAUCGAAUUGGCCACCGAUGCUAACCUACUGGCCACCGAGAAUUGGGGACUUAACAUGGAAAUCUGCGAUUUCAUUAAUGGAACCGAGGAUGGACCACGUGAUGCUGUCCGAGCCCUGAAGAAGCGUCUUCACAACGCCAUGUCCAAAAACAACGCAGUUGUCAUGUACACCUUGACGGUUCUGGAAACCGCAGUCAAGAACUGCAACCAUCAUUUCCACGUUCUAGUCUGCAACAAGGACUUUGUUCAGGACCUUAUCAAGCUCAUCGGCCCAAAAUUCGACGCACCUCAAAUAAUCCAAGAACGAGUUCUGAGCUUGAUUCAAGCAUGGGCUGAUGCUUUCCGUGGGGAUCCUACACUUGCCGGAGUUGUACAAUCAUACGAUGACUUGAAGAGUAAGGGAGUCGAAUUCCCGGCGGCUGAUCUUGAUACUCUGGCUCCAAUUAAAACCCCAAAACGAACAGUAUUUAAUCAACCUCCACCGGCAACCCUAGAUGAUCAACAACAACAAAAUCAGCAACAGCAACAACAACCACAGCAAGGCCAACAAAACCCCCAAUCGGUAGAUAUUGUUUUGUGAUUUCAAGCUUUAUUAUUAUUAUUCAAAGUUGUGAAAGCGUCAGCGUCACUAGUCAAUAACAAAUAUGAAUAGAGUUUUGUAUAGGAGGGCUAACGAAAAGCGUUUAUGUCAAUGUAUAGACAUAAGAUGUGCUUAAAUGAGCUUAUUUCGUUAUGAGAUUUUUAAAAAAUGUUUCACAAAUUAUUUAUGAUUGUUCAAAAUUUUCAAAAAAAAAACGCUACUUCUAGCUAAAAUAUCCAUUUUUGGCCUGUUUUUUUUAUACAUCAGCAGGUGUAUCAUAGCAUUUUUCAAGCAAUCUUGUUGUAAUAUUUAGUGGGUUUAUCUUACGUUGGUUCGUCGAUUAAAAUACAUCCAAAGUCAUAUCUAACCAAAAAUUGCCUUAUCGGCUUUAAAAGUACCUUAGUCAACGGAAUGUUCAAAAAUUACUACCAAAAAUUCGAUAAGGGAUGAUAAUUCAACAAAAAUUGUUUUCCAGCUGCUGCGGUACGGAAAAGUAAUCAAAAUUGGAGUUUUAGCUAGACUUAGCGUUUUUUUUUUGUUGAAAAUUUUGAACCGUCAUGAAACAUUUCUGAAAAAUUUUGAAAAGUUUCAUUACAAAGUUUGUUUGUUUUUUUAUUCAAAAAACACGUAACAAUUACUACAUUUUAGACAUACGACGUUCUCACCAUCCGCGAGCAGGGACAAGAGCCAAUCUCCGCAACACCAGCGCAAUUGACCAAAUUGCGGGCAGACCUUGACGUGGUCAAUCAAAACAUCAAAGUGUUCCGCGAGACGCUCACCGACGUUGUGCCACGCAAGGAGACCGCCGACGAGCUGCAAUUGCUAUCGGACCUCAACGACACUUGCCGUCACAUGCAACAACGCGUGCUGGACCUGAUCCGCUACGUGAGCAAUGAUGAAGUUACUUAUGAACUUCUUAUGGUCAAUGAUUCAUUGAACAGUGUUUUUGAAAAAUAUGAUCGUUUUGUGUCAAACCGCGACGGGGAAAAGCAAGCCGCCGAAGCUCGUGAUCUAAUUGAUAUGGGUGACGGAAAAAGUUUGGGUGACCAAUUAUCAGCCCUCAAGGUAACUGCUGCCAGCGGAGAGCCAUCAAGCAGCGCCUCAACCUCUCAGGAUGCUUACAAGGCAAACGCUGAGCCACAAACCGACGUUGGACUUGCAGCCGCUGUGAGCAACAAGUUGCCAACCGAGCACGAAGCUGCUGAAAUGGAGAAGUGGCUUGAGAAUCAGAGUGAGAAAAAAACAAAGGAGCAAGAGGAAAACGACAAAUUGUAAAUUGUAAAUCAAAACAGCUGGCUAGCCAACUACUCAAAAGAUGCUGAAAAUCGUUGUGAAUAAUGUCAAUUUCAUUCCCUAUCCGUACUAAAGUGUUAUAUUUAUUCGAGAUAACCAUUUCUGUACCUGUGUAAUAAAAUGCUUCGUAUCCAGAAA